CGUCCGUGUGUGUGUGUGUGUGUGUGUGGUGUCCCUCCCCCCCUUCGCGGCCACCGUAGCGGGAGCGGCGGAAGCCCCCUCGCCGGCCACCGUCCCGGGAGGCGCCGCGGCGGAUGGUCCGCGUUGUCCCGCCGCCCCCCGGCCGCCCCUCCCGGAGUCGGCGGCGUCGUCGGCGGCAGAUGGCGCGGGAGCGCGCGGCGCGGCGGGGCCCGGGUUGGCGGGGCGGGAGGCCGCCGCCGCGGCGGCUGCUGUUGGCGUUGCUGCUGUUGUUGAUGCCGGCGCUGCCGGGGUUGGGGCCCGCCGCUGCCGCCGCUGCCGAGGAGGCGGCGGCGGCGGCGGCGGUGAAGGAAUGCGACAAGCCGUGCGCCAACGGCGGGCGGUGCCAGCCGGCCAGCGGGCAGUGCGAGUGCCAGCCCGGCUGGGUGGGCGACCAGUGCCAGCACUGCGGGGGGCGCUUCAGGCUCACUGGACUUUCAGGGUAUGUAACAGAUGGGCCUGGAAACUACAAAUACAAAACAAAAUGCACCUGGCUCAUUGAAGGAAGGCCAAACACAAUCCUCAGGCUUCGAUUCAAUCACUUUGCCACAGAGUGCAGUUGGGACCACUUGUACGUGUAUGACGGAGAUUCAAUUUACGCUCCCUUACUGGCAGCUUUUAGUGGUCUUAUUGUUCCUGAGAAAGAUAGCAAUGAAACAGUACCAGAAGUUGUAGCUACUUCUGGAUAUGCCCUUCUGCAUUUCUUCAGUGAUGCUGCCUAUAAUUUAACAGGGUUUAACAUCACAUAUAAUUUCAAUAUGUGUCCCAAUAAUUGCUCCGGCCGAGGAGAGUGCAAGCUCAAUAACAGCAGCAAUGCUCUUGAAUGUGAAUGUGCCAAAUACUGGAAGGGAGAAGCUUGUGAUAUUCCCUACUGCACAGAUGAUUGUGGGGCGCCUGAGAGAGGGCAUUGCAGCUUUAAUGAUACCAAGGCAUGUGUGUGCUCUGCUGGCUGGCAAGGUCCUGGCUGUUCAAUUCCUGUUCCUGCAAACCAGUCAUUUUGGACCCGGGAGGAAUACUCUCUUCCAAAACUUCCUAGAGCAUCUCACAAAACCAUAAUCCAUGACAAUAAAAUGUGGAUUGUUGGAGGCUAUGUCUUCAAUCAUUCCGACUCUCAGAAGGUUUUAGCGUACGAUCUUAUUUCUGAAGAGUGGCUUCCACUUGACAACACUGUGAACUCAGUCGAGAUGAGAUAUGGUCAUACGUUGGCAUUGCAUAAGGAUGAUAUAUACAUGUAUGGUGGAAAAAUAGAUGCAACGGGGAACGUGACCAGCCAGCUGUGGGUGUUCCACAUUCCCACCCAGACCUGGGCUCAAGCAACGCCAAAAGCCAAGGAGCAGUACGCUGUUGUUGGCCACUCGGCACACAUCGUCACCCUGCAAGACGACAGCGCGGUCAUGCUCGUCAUUUUUGGACACUGCCCUCUUUACGGGUAUAUCAGCAAUGUCCAGGAAUACAACCUGGCCACAAAUACAUGGAACAUUUUACAGACGAGCGGAGCUUUGGUUCAAGGAGGGUACGGCCACAGUAGUGUUUAUGAUCCAAAUACAAGAUCAAUUUACAUCCACGGAGGUUACAAAGCAUUCAGUGCCAACAAAUACAGACUAGCAGACGACUUGUACAAAUAUGAAGUUGAUUCCCGUAUGUGGACUAUUCUUAAAGACAGUAGAUUUUUUCGCUAUUUGCACACGGCUGUGAUAAUGAGCGGAACCAUGCUGGUGUUUGGAGGAAACACGCACAAUGACACCUCCAUGAGCCACGGCGCAAAGUGCUUUUCUUCAGAUUUUAUGGCGUAUGAUAUUGCUUGCGACCGAUGGUCUGUUCUUCCUCGUCCGGGUCUCCAUCACGAUGUCAACAGGUUUGGACAUUCUGCCGUGCUCUACAACAGCACCAUGUACGUAUUUGGAGGCUUCAACAGCCUCCUCCUGAGUGACAUACUGAAGUACACACCCGAGAGAUGUGAAGCUUUUGACAACGAAACGGGCUGCUUGCGAGCAGGUCCUGGCGUCAGAUGCGUGUGGGCUGCCACCCCUCCUCGCUGCGUCCCCUGGGAAAUGGCCACAGUAGAGCAGCAGCAGAAGGUCUUUGAAGACUGCCUUCCCAAGCCAGUUGUAGACAAUGAAAAAUGUGAUCAGAUUACAGACUGCUAUAGCUGUACUGCAAAUACAAACAACUGUCAAUGGUGCACUGACCAGUGUAUCUCAAUGCAUAACAACUGCACAGAGGAACAGGUUCCUAUUACUCUGUAUGACAAUUGUCCUAAGGAUAACCCUGCCUACUACUGUAACAAAAGGACAAGUUGUAAAAGCUGUGCCAUGGAUCAAAACUGUCAGUGGGAACCUAGGAAUCAGGAGUGCAUUGCUUUACCAGAAAAUAUCUGUGGAACAAACUGGCAUUUGGUUGGCAACUCCUGCUUGAAAAUUACAAAUGCAAAGGAGAACUAUGAUCAUGCCAAACUGUCCUGCAGAUCCAGCGGUGCUUUGCUGGCUUCCCUCACGACCCAGAAAAAGGUAGAAUUUGUUCUAAAGGAGCUGCAGAAGAUGCAGUCUUCGCCCAAAACUUUGACUCCGUGGGUUGGACUGAGGAAAAUCAACGUGUCAUAUUGGUGCUGGGAAGACAUGUCUCCCUUCACCAACACCCUGCUCCAGUGGCUCCCCGACGAACCCAGCGACGCUGGAUUUUGUGGUUAUUUAGCCGAACCUUUCCAGCAGGGACUGAAGGCAGCAACGUGUAUCAAUGAAGUCAAUGGCAGCGUCUGCGAAAGGCCAGCUAACCACAGCGCCAAGCAGUGCCGCACGCCCUGCGCCCUGCGGACGAUGUGCGGGGAGUGCACGAGCGGCAGCUCCGAAUGCAUGUGGUGCAGCAACAUGAAGCAGUGCGUGGACUCGAACGCUUACGUGGCCUCUUUCCCCUACGGGCAGUGCAUGGAGUGGUACACCAUGAGUAGUUGUCCACCUGAAAACUGUUCAGGCUACUGCACGUGUGCUCAUUGUUUGGAGCAGCCCGGCUGUGGCUGGUGCACCGAUCCGAGCAACACCGGCAAGGGGAAGUGCAUCGAAGGCUCCUACAGAGGUCCGGUCAAGAUGCCAACCCCAACCGCAACAGGGAAACACAGCUUGGAGCCCGUCCUUAAUGUCAGCAUGUGUCCUGUGGAGAACAGCUAUAACUGGUCCUUUAUUCAGUGUCCAGCCUGCCAGUGUAAUGGGCACAGUAAGUGUGUGAAUGAAAGCAUCUGUGAGAAGUGUGAAAAUCUGACGACUGGCAAACACUGUGAAACUUGUAUCUCGGGCUACUAUGGUGAUCCUACUAAUGGAGGAACGUGUCAGCCUUGCAAGUGCAACGGCCAUGCGUCUGUCUGCAACACAAAUUCAGGGAAAUGUUUCUGCACCACCAAGGGAAUAAAAGGAGACGAGUGUCAACUGUGUGAAGUUGAAAAUAGAUAUCAGGGAAAUCCACUUAAAGGAACAUGUUACUAUACUCUUCUCAUUGACUAUCAGUUCACCUUCAGCCUUUCUCAAGAGGAUGAUCGCUAUUACACAGCAAUCAACUUUGUCGCAACACCCGAAGAGCAAAACAGAGACCUGGACAUGUUUAUCAAUGCUUCUAAAAACUUCAACCUCAACAUUACUUGGUCCACAAGUUUUGCAGCUGGCACACAGGCUGGGGAGGAAAUUCCUGUUGUUUCAAGAACCAAUGUAAAAGAAUACAAGGACAGUUUCUCCAAUGAGAAAUUUGAUUUCCGCAACAAUCCAAACAUCACUUUCUUUGUUUACGUCAGCAAUUUCACCUGGCCGAUAAAAAUACAGAUUGCAUUCUCACAACACAGCAACUUUAUGGACCUGGUGCAGUUCUUUGUGACCUUUUUCAGUUGUUUCCUGUCUUUGCUCCUGGUGGCAGCUGUGGUUUGGAAGAUUAAACAAAGUUGCUGGGCAUCGCGACGAAGAGAGCAACUACUCCGUGAGAUGCAACAGAUGGCAAGUCGCCCCUUCGCCUCCAUCAACGUUGCCUUAGAAACAGAUGAAGAGCCGCCAGAUCUCAUUGGGGGAAGCAUAAAGACUGUACCAAAGCCAAUAGCCCUGGAGCCCUGCUUUGGGAACAAAGCGGCCGUUCUCUCUGUAUUCGUGAGGUUGCCUCGAGGACUUGGGGGUAUACCACCACCAGGACAGUCAGGUCUUGCAGUGGCCAGCGCGCUGGUGGACAUUUCACAACAGAUGCCAAUUGCCUACAAAGAGAAAUCGGGUGCAAUACGAAAUCGGAAACAGCAGCCCCCUGCACAGCCAGGAACCUGUAUUUGAUGCAUGGACAUCAGAAACUGUAUAGGGUUUUAAACAAAACGGAAAAGUAAUACCUAGAAGGAGGAGAAAGAUUGCCGAGUUGUGUCACAAGAGACUAGAAGCACUCAGAAAAACACAACUUCCUUGAACCCAAGUUUUUCUCUCAUCUACGUGAUAGUUGGCUUUAUUUGACAACUGCUCCACUUAAGUUUUACUGACACGUGGCUUCAGAUUGCUCCUUUGUUUUCUUCGAGUUUAAAGUAAAAUAAUUUUAUUGCAGGUCCAGUAACAUCCGAUCGCCGCCAUUCAUGGUCAGUGUAAAUAGAACAGUAGUCCAAUAUGAAUGACACUCAGGUUUAUACAUGGAAAGUGCUUUGUAGUUCAUGUAUUUAUCAAACUGUACAAAAAGAAAAAGAUGCAGUGUUUACAGGUGUCAGCUCUCAACACAUAAACACUACUAUUAAUCUUCAAAGCAUCUUCAUCCUUUGUUUUCAUUUAAUAUUGUAUGUUUAUUCCCUCAUUAAGUGGAACUCUCUUCCAGAUACAGCAUUUUUGUAGGCAUCCUGGUCCAGAACAUCAGGAACGCAAAAGCUGGGAUGGUUUAAAGGUUGAUGUCGCGCGUUGCUCAGCCCACAUGCAAUACCUGGAGAAGUUGAAUGUUGCUUUUGAAGGACUCAGUGUUUACAUAGUCUUAACCUGCUCGGAGUACACCACACACAAGUGCCUAGACUUGAACAGAUCUAGGGAGUGAGGAGACUGCUACACACGUUUCUUUUUAACAUCAUUAUAUUCCUUUUAAAUAUACACACACACACACAUAUAGUCACCCAAGGCAAUCUGUGUUCUUUGUAAUAUAUCACGUGCAGUCAGGGGAAAAUGGCAUUUUCCUGACCAACAAACUACUCAACCAGAUGGAAAUAUCUGGAGGGAAAGUAGUUUCAGUAUCUCAGAAGAAAACUCCUGGUUUCACCACUGCUUUUAAUAGAAGCAGUUUGUGUUCCAGGUCAGAUAUGUUAUAUUUCUUCUGGUUUUCUCGGCCCAUUUGGCCUCUUUCCCUCCCCCUUCCCUCCUGCCGUUCUUCUGGACGAGAGCUGAGCUGUGCCAGGGCUCAGAGGCAUCGCUCCUCAGCAGUAGGAUCUCCGUACAGGGGGUGAAAAGCAACGCUCCGGCUGCCGGAUCAUUGGAGGAGGAAGUAAAAUAGAACUUUAAAUAAAAAGCAAGCAGAGCAGCUUCAUUUGGCCACAGAUUUGCAUUUUACAUGAUCAGUUACUGAUAUUUCCCAUUUGAGUCGAACUCUCUUAGAUGUUGAAGAAGGUGGCUUCUUGGUGAAAGGGAGGGACUUGCCAACAGCAGAGAGAAGGUUUGGCUUUUGGGGGAUGUAUCAAACCAUCUGAAGUAUGCUGCCUAGUUGGGAUUCUGUUCUUGAGGUUCGAGGUUGGACGUAACCCAUCAGCGUCUGCAUGCUGGUGCCCCAGGUCUCCCUCGAUUCUGGCACGUGGUGCAGUGCCGGGGCCACGCGAGGUUGCGAUGAUGAAGCUGGUUGGAAGAUGUUACGUGAAGGUGCCGAACGAGGCGUGUAAUUGUUGUUUAAUCGCAGUAAGCGCGGUUUCAUUCAGGUCGCCGAGUGGCUGGUUUCUGAUGAGGACGUCUGGUAUUUAUGAAAUGGAGGAGGAACAAACGGAGGGGACUGAAGGACGCUGCUCUUCAGUCUUCUGGCGAGGUAGUGCCCUUUUCCAGAAUGAAACCCACGUAACUGCAUCUUUUUUUUUUGUGCACGUUUUGGUGAUCGACCACAUAUCAGCCACUUGUUCCUUUUUCUUUUUUUUCCUUUUAAUUUUUUAACCGUUUUGAAGAAGCUCUGUGGAGCACGGCAGCAUCGCCGUAAAGAUGUGAAUUGCUACGCGUGUCCGGGCAGCGGUGACGGGGAACAGUCUGCUGGUUUAAAGACUGGGGUGGGUUAUAAAUCUGAUUUAAUGUGUCAUUUAACGAAUACAACAGAACUGCAGAAAAAAUGUUGGGGGGAAAAAUGCAUUUUAUAUAUAUAUUUAUGUGUAUUUAUAUAUAUAAUGCAUCUGUUUCUAAACUGGAAGAUUAAAUGCGCUCUGGGGGGAAAAAAUUGUGGGAGGGAGAGGGGCGAGCUUUGUCUUUUAGAAUGAAGGAGUUCAGGCAAUUUAAGUUUUAACUGAUGCACAGAUUACCUCAGACAGAUUCAUCUCCUGAAAAUAUUUUCUAACUUCCUACGUGUAUAGGGCUAACCUGAACUAGAGGAAUAAUACUGGACUAAAAUCCCUCCCCUGUCAUUACUUUACAUGUUUCCAACACUUUUUUGGGGAGGAGAACUGCCAACCUAAAUUGAGAAAGCUCUUGUGCUUAAGUCUCUGUAUUCAGGACAGCACUUAAGCAGGUGCUUGAAGUUGUCGCUUAAAUUUUCCUGAAGAGAAACGACUUUCAGGACAACAGGUCUGGAGGGGUGAUAGAUUUUUACAUUAAUAAAAAAAAACAUAAAUUGGGUUUUUCCUCCCCUCCACCGGAGAUCUGGGUUGUCAGGUCUCAAAAGCUUCUGGUGGAGUGUGCCCGGAGGCAUAGCCACAAAGUUCGGUGUCAGAUAUUGGAAGGACAAACAAAAAUGAUCAAACUUUGAAGUUCAGCAGAACCAAAAAUUGUAAAUAGAGGAACGAGACUUAUUUAUAUAAAUAAAACGAAACGGCUCCUUUAGGAUGUAGCUCUGCUCUGCAUCGUAUCUCCAUACUGAUGAGGGGAAAAGAGAACGCUCAUACAUAUCUCUGCUGCAAACAGUUUCAUCCCAGCUUAAAGGUAAAAUAGAGACGAAGGUGGGAAUGGACGGGGGGAAGAAGAAUUGCCGGUGGUUUAUCCCCAGGCCAAUACCAAAAGUGAAGGAUUUGUGGGUUUAUUUCUUUUUUUUUUUGGGGGGGGGGAAGAGCAACCUUAUUUCAUGGGAGAAUCUGUAAAUAAAUGAAAAAUAACACACCGAUUUUGCACUUGUACAUAAACUAUACAGUAGCGUGCAGAACAUUGAAAGAUUUAAAGUGUAUAUAAACCAGAAAAAUAUUGAAUGUAUUUUUGAUGCAUUUUAAAUGAUGUAUGAGUUUUGUCUUAAUAACUUCUUCAUAUGAUGAGUAUUAGAUAACUUUCCAGAGCUUUAAAGAAACAUCAAAUUAUAGUCGUGAGAUCUUGCAGUAUAAAGCAGGGAGGCAUAACCUGCCUUUUAUGUAUUCAAAUGCGUUUCACUUAAAUGUAUAAGCAAAGUAAAAUACGGCUCUUCCAUUUGAAAGGGGAAAAAAAACCCAACACUUGAAGACAGGUAAUAAAUGUACUUAAAGCAGUCAUUACUUGGAGGAUUAAGUCAGCAGUUUAAGCCUCUACCAUUAAGAUUGUGCCAGUGAUUUCCAUUCCAAAUCACUAUUUUCAAGCCUUUAUAACUGGCUGGAAUUCAGCAUUCAAGGUCUCAACCCUCAGAAUAUUUUUAUUCUUUGAGAGUAGCCUUUAAAAAAAUUAAUAAAAAAAUCAGAAAUGUAGCCCUUUUAUUCUAGAAAGCAACAGUGACGUUGGAUCUCCAAGUAACAUAAGGUUUUUUUUUUUGGUUCGCUCUUUUCCAUUCUUUUUAGCCCAGGAUUUUGUCCGGGCUGUUGUAGCAUGAGUGACGGGAGACCCUGCCAUGGUACGGGUCAAGAUCUUGGAUACAAAAAGAUUUAUGGGACACAACUUUUGAGUUAUUGCCGCUCUCCCUGGGCUUAAAAUGUGCUGUGUUGGAAUUGCCAAAAUAAAGCUGUGUACGGUGGGGUAAUGCUUAGCGUAAUGUCAUGGCGUAUCACGUACCGAAACUGCAUGGUGUGGUACCGUAAAAGCACGACAGCCCCUGUUGCGGAUACACGCUUCCUUAGGGGUGCUUCGUACCCUAAAUAUUGCUCGGAACCGUCAUUUUCUCUGCGGUGACGUACAUAGUCACAGGCUCUGGUUUUAAAAUGGCAGCUGGCUUGCUUGACCCUAAAUUAGGUGAAAUGAGCUUUUGAUGAAAAACCUUCAACCCAAGAGGCUGAAACAGAACUCGAGGCUUUUCCCGUAACCCGCUGAAAGUCCAAAGCUGAGCCCGAUUCUCCAUCCGUAACCGCUCCCCAUGUCAGCGGCUGCUUUUGCUUUUCCGUGAGACCCCGAGUUAGGGACAGAGCGCACCCGCUCCACCUCUGACCCCGCAAACGGGGAUUUGCCGGCGCUGAGCUUGCGAGAAAGCAAAGAGCGGACCCUGCGUGCCCGGAGCGACUCGUGAGCUCCGAGGAAGCGGCGGGUGUCUCGUCUCUUCCCCUUUUCAUCUUCAUUUGGGAAUGCUCCGGGGGAACGGGAGGGGUUUGGGGUUUUCGGAGCCUCCUGAGUUGGGAGAGGGACAGAAGGGGAGGGGUAGGUGUGCGUUUCUCCUUUUCGGACACGUUCUUGGCAAUUUCAGUCAAAUUCGUGCUUUUUUUCUGUUGAUAGCUGCUUAAAUUAGAUGAGUUUCCCAUGCUAGGAACACUACAAGAAUGUGUAUAUGCUGAGUUUUUCUGCUUUGCAUCAGGGCAGGUUUUGUUCAGUUUAUUCCUUUGUUCUAACACUACACACGGACUAUUUUUGUGCGUUUUCCAGGUACUAUAGUUCUUUAGACAUUUCCUCUACAUUUAUCAUUGAUCCCACAAACCUCACCAGAAGAAAGAAGAAAAAAAAAAUUAAGGCACGUAACAUACAUCAGUCCAUUUUUUUUUUUUUUUAAAAAAAAAGCAAAAAGCAAAUAAAAAUAGAGUUUUAUAUUACUCCAAAAUUUGUGCACAAUAAAUGUUCUUUACACUAAGAUCCUAGAAUUAAUUGUAUUCUAGAUUUUUUCUUUGUUCUGUAAUUAUUUACGAUUCUUAUCUGUGUUCAGACUUGAGCUUAGUUUGUUAAUAUGUAUAAUUUAGCAUUUAUUGCAUUCAUAUGUAAAUAUGAGCAAGUAUUGUAAACUAUUUCAUUGCUGGGGAUUGUGGGUGUUAUACAUACACACAUUUAGGACUGCAGUUUUUGGUAUAAUUUUUUGUAUUGUAAAAUAACGGCUAAUUUAAAGCAGGAACGAGAAAAUUAUUGGGAGAUCUGUGCAUUUUAAAUACAAAUGUGAAGUACAUGUAUAUAAAUAAAAGUAAAUAAUGCAAAUCUUUCCUCUGAAAUAAAAAGUAGAUGA